UUUAAUGAAGAAUGAAUAUAUCUUCUGUAAAUGAAGUUAAUAUCAAAAAUUUAUGCAGUACAUUUAAAUUUGUAAUAUUGAAAGAAUUGAUGAAGUCUGAAGAAGAUAAGUAGAAUGAUAAAAUACGCGCCAUCUGAUGGAUUUCUUUGUUAAUCAAACUGUUCAAGGAAACGAUGGGAGUUGUUUCUUCCCCUCCGUUAUAAUACCACCAGCCGUACGUGUUGCGAAAGAGGACACACGAUGGAAAGCGUAAACAUUUACGUGUCUUGAGUGUUUAGAGGAACAAUUUUUAUUUGUAAUCAUGAUAGACAGUAACAUUUCCAUGGAGGAGGAUACUGAAUUACGAGAUUUAGUGGUACAAACUCUUGAAAAUAAUGGUGUUCUCGCGAAAGUCCGGGCUGAAUUAAGGGCUAGUGUGUUUUUAGCUCUGGAGGAACAGGAAUCUGUAAUGAAUCCAGAACCACUCCUCAACAAAACAGUAAAACAGUACCUGGCUAAUUCUGAAGGAAAAUUACUAUUUUCAUUGGUUAGGGAGUUCCUAGAAUAUUUUGGUCUGGAUUAUACUAUAUCUGUAUAUGAUCCGGAAACAUAUGUUGGAAAAGAAUAUAACUAUGUCGGUAGAAAUAAAUUAUGUGAAGAAUUAGGUAUAAAUUCAUCUGAACCAUUACUUGGAGAAAUUUUAAAGAAUAAUAUAAACAUCUGUAACAUAACACAAAAGGUGGAAUCUAAUGACAGUAGACAUAAUAAAACAAAUGAAACGUCAACAAACUUUGCAAAUGCAACCUUUGAAGUUCCUGUACCAAAGAUGUUACAUACUGAAUCAUUAUCAAAUGACAAUGAUUCUUCUGAGAAACUAGGAAGUUUUUCAGAGCAAAGCACUAGUAUUCCAAUAAAUGUGACAAUAACUGACAAAAAGAAAAAUAUACAAACAUUACAUAAUGAUUUAUUAGAUGAGUCACAUGAUACAGAAAAAAAUUCUCUCAGGGAAAAUAUAAUAGUUUUUGACAACAUAACUGACAAAGAUGAUAUUAAUGAUAAAGGGAACAAUAUACACUCUGAUAAAAGUUCUAUAAAAAAAAUUGAUACAUACGAUGUAAUAAAUCAUACAGUAAAGGAAACUGCCACAAUUGCACCUGGUCAAAUGGAUAUGUUCAAUAAAGAAGGACCUCUAAUUACGUUUGAUGAAUCUAUAGUAUCUGAAAUGCAAAAAAAUCAAAACAUGGAUGUUACAAAACAAAAUAGUAUAAAUAAUAAAGAACUACAUAUUAUGAAUAAUGUACAAAAUAAAAAAGAGAUUAAUAUAGAAUGUAACUUUGGAAAAGCUAUUUACUUUGAAGAAAUUAUUGUUGAUGAAAAAAGAGACAAUGUUGGUACUGUACAUAAAGCUGAAUCUUCAUCACCUUUAGAUAAGUCUGGUUCUAUAUUUGAUCUGCCACCAUUAAACGGAAAAAAGACUAAUAUAAAUGAUAUAAAAGAAUUAAUGGAUGUUGGACUUGCAGUAGAUAAUGUUGACAAUUAUGAAGAAGAUUUUGUGUCAUCUGCAUCAGGUAGUUUUAAUGAACAGAGUCCAUCUAAAGAAUUACAAGAAUUAGACAGUUCUGUGCAAAUACAUGUGAAAAAAGAAGAUACAAUCCAGAGUACUCGUAGUGAAGACAUUAGUGAAGAAAUAGAAGAAACUGAUGAAAUACUGAGUAGUACUUCGUGCCUUCAGGGUGUGAAUAUAAAUGAAAAGGAUGAAAAGGUUUCAAAUUUCACAACGGGUAUUACUACAAAUUAUAGCAAUGAGAUAUAAUCUUUACUGAUAUUAUCGUAAGAUUCUGUUAAGGAUCUUAAGCACUUUGUUCAAUUAUAAUUUUGGCAAUUGUUUCUCACAUUGUAGUUGCUUUACAACGAUAAGAAUGUUAUUCUGUUGCAUAGCAAGCUAGAGUACAAGAGAUACUGCUUUUGGGGACUGAUAUCCUAUACUAAGGCAUCAUGUAUAAGACUAUGCUAAUUAUUGUGGAUUGAGAAACUUACCGGAUUUAUUUUGCAGUUUUUAAUAAGGCACUGCCAGCUAUGGCUAAAUACUUAUAAGUCGCGCUGCAAAAAUCAUGGAAGGAAAAUGCCUUUAUGAGCAUUUUUCUAUUCAUUGCAUUUCUCUAUUUUAUAUAGAUUAAAUGAUGUAUUUUUCUACAUUUUAUAGAUUUAAGAGGGAAAUGUAAUUUUUAUUAUAAAAAAAGAAAAUAUUUAAGUUUAUGACCGAUCCAUAUACUUUUUGAAGUGAAUACAGAAAAAAUGAAACGAAGUAAUAGAAAUCUAUAUAUUGAAACUAUUAACUAAUAUUUAAUCUAUGUCUGUAUUAUCAUAAAAUUCAGCUUCUUAAUAGGCUGCUAACAUCAUAAAAAAUUCUUUACAUUUUUUUUAACAACUACUAAAUGUAUAGAAUCUCUCAAUCUUGUUAACAAGUAUAAAUUUGGGAGGAUAGGAAAUUUAGUAAAAUGACUGAAAAGAAAAACUACAAAGUACUUUUUGCAUCGUUUUAAGACUGACAGUAUUUUGAAGAGCUGAAUCUUCAUAAACUGAUCACAUCAUUUUGGGAAACAUAAUUAGCCAUUAAUGUCAAUAUUAUUACAAAAAGUAUCUAUGUCUUAAGUGACAUAUAUGAAAUGAUCUUUUUACUUCGUAUAUAAAUAUGUAAUUUGCCAUGAAUUGUUAAAAUGAACAUAGAUUUUAAUAUUGCAAUAGUAAAAGACUUCAAUAGGUACAUAGUAUGAGGCAAUUUUCCUUCUAUGUUAUACGUAUGUGCCUAGUAUUAUUAUCCUUAUGAGCAACUUGCAUAAGUGUUACAAUAUUUCAAGGACCAGGAAACUAUUAAUUGAGUUAUAGUCAAUUAGUAACUAGAUUAAUUUUUUAAAGGAAUAUCUCAGUAUUUUAUCCUUUUGUGCUUGACAGAAAAAUUCCUGAGUCUAAUUUUAUGACUGAAUAUGAUUCAUUACCUCAUUUAACUAAACAUAGAUGCUGCGAUAUCUAUGAUAUCAGUAAACCAUCCGUCUAAUAAUGGAUUGCCUAAAAAAAUCCGUCAAAUUAUUUUUUUGAUAAUAAUGGUGCUAAAUAUUUGAAACUAAAAUAAUUUAUGAAGGUUGAAGCUGUCCAAGAAAAUUUAGGUGCUUAUCUAUCUUCUAGCAACAUUGUUUGCAAGAGAUUAGUAAUUAACAAAAGUUAUAGGGUAGGAUCUUGAUUUUUGGGCAAUCCAAUACAAUGAAGAAUAUUUAAUAUGGAAAAGUUCACUCUAUGUAUGAUGCAAUAACUGAGUACAAUUCAAAAUGGAUUGACAGGAUGCUUGACAAAUCAAAAUCCUUUUGUAAAAACACAUAGCUUGCUAUCUUUACAAAAGAAUUUUUAUUAACAGCUAAAAUCUGAUAAUAUCACAUAUGCUAAAUGGCAUAAUUCAUUCAGACGAAGAGAUUGUAUGCUUGUAUAAUAUGUAUCAUGUAUAAAUUUGAUUAUAGUAAUUAGAUUAUUCAAAAUGUAUACAAAACUUUUUACAAACUUCAUGUACACUAGUUUUUUGUACUACAUGUACAUUAACAUAUAUUUUUUUGUUUCCUUAAUUUUUCUUAGAAAUGUUACAUUAGUAAAAUUACUAUAUAAAAUCAUAUAAUACUGUGUAACAGAUCUCUUAGUCUGAAUCGACAUUUAUCCCAGUAUGAUUAUUAAAUCAGGUGUGUUCCUGGCCAAUCAGCGUGGUUACAUCUUGUUAUCAGUAUGGUAUACAGUUUUAUGAAAGAAUUCAGGACUGGUUUGAACAUUCCCACAUUUUAUAAAAUAUAAGAAAUAGAUACAUUCCAUUAUUGUUAUUAAGAUAAUUUUUUGUUUGUUCAUUAGAUCUAGAGAACAUAUCUAUAAAAUAGCAUUUUCAUUAUAUUUUAUGAAAGACUAUGCGGUUUAAAUAAUCUAUGAUUAUCAUUAAAUUAUUACAGCAUCAGAUUUUAUUUAAAAUAGGUGUUGAAAGCAAUUCUCAGAAGGAUUUACUACACAAUAUAAGUAUUUGUUAUAGUGAUUUUAUUUUGAAGGUAGUAUAUAUGAUUAAUAGUACAACAAUUCAAUAUUAAUGAACAGUUUCCACCUGCAUAUUUUUUGUUUUAAUAUCGAAUAACUUGUACUAACUUUCCUGAAUUUGUAUUUAUCUAUAUUAAGCUACAUCUUAUGAUAUAAUAGUUCCAUAUUGAAAUCUGUCAAUCCUUCAAUAUAUUUUUUAAUACAUAAAACAUUAAAACUAAUAUUGAUCCUAUUGAAAUUCUUAAAUUGUAGAAGGGUUGAUAAAAAGUUUAUUGAUGCUGUAGAGUAAUGCAUAUAUACUUACAUUCUUGUUGCAGAAUUAAAUUAUAGUCGAUCUAUAAUUCUACUAGUACAAUAUAAGUUAUAUAACAUAUAAUUUAUAAAAGAUUGGAUAUCUUUUACACAUUUUCCUUUAUAAGAUUUUGUUCAUAUAUUAUUUUUACUAUUACUAUUACUACUGCUACUAUUACUACUACUACUACUAUUCUACUACACUACUGCUACUAUUACUAUUACUACUGCUACUAUUACUAUUACUACUGCUACUCUACUACACUACUGUUACUACUACUACUACUACUACUACUACUACUACUACUACUACUACUACUACUACUACUACUACUACUAGUACUAUUCCACUACUAUACUACUCUACUUUACUCUACUACUACUACUACUACUCUACUACUAUACUGCUAUAUUACACUACUACACUAUUACUUCUACUACUAUUAUUAUCAUCAUCCAUCAUCAUCAUUUAAGAUUCGUUAAAGACAUUUAUGCUUUUACAGUUUUGGACCAUUUUGUGUAUGUAUAUUAAUAUAUCAGAUUUACACAUGCACAUGUUCAAUAUUUUGUUUAAACAAAUUAUUCUAUGUUUACUUGAAAUAAUUAUUCACAAUCCACAAUCUUAAAGUUCAUCAAAUAAAGUAUUAUAUAUAUAUUAUACUUUAUAUUAUAUAUAUACACAUAUAUAUAUAUAUAUGUAUAUGUAUAUGUAUAUAUCAUUCAUACUAUAUCUUAUGUAAUUGCAGAUGAUCAUCUUGUAACCACGUUGAAAUAUUGGUAGCUAUAUCGUGCCUUUUAGUGUGUAUGGUUAAUUAUAAACAAUGCAAAUAGAUACUGUGGAAUUGUGGAUUUUACAAAACACCUAUGUUAGUUAUUUAUGAUUUUCAACUAUGAUGUAACGAUACUCAUGUAUAUGUUAUUUAUUUUAUAAAAAUUUUUCUCUUUUGCAA